AUCACCACACCUCUUCCUCUCCUGCCAGGCCAUCCCGAGGCCCAUCACAUCCCUACGCAAGUCCAGGGAAGACAUAGAAACCUAAAAGACAGCGCCAGGAGCAGCGACAAAACUCAGGGUCGACAACGCUCGUCGUUCACUUGGUCAUGGAUCCAAAUCGGGCAUCGGCGGACCAACAGAAGGACUUUCUCUCCUUCCUCUUCACCGCCGACUCCUUCCCAGACGCCCAGCGCACAGACCACCACCAGAUCGACCUCCUCUCCUCAUCCUCUUCCGGUCAGCCCCCGCGCACGCCCUCCAGCAUGGCAAACUUCUCUGCCGCCGCUGGCAUGUCUGGCCUGAACUCUAUGGACAUCAUGAAUUCCAUGAACAGCCUGCUCCAGGGCAUAGACCCCGCCCAGCAAUCUCAGCAGGGGCAGUCCUCGAAUAUGGGCAUGAACAUGUUUGGCCAGAACCAACUCACACCCCAGAUGCUACUCGAAAAGCAGUAUAAGCUCACCCAACUGCACCAGCUGCAACAGCUUCAAAGCCAGAUACAGAACCAGAUCUUCCAGCAGCAGCUCGCGCUUAUCAGCGGACAAGCCUCGGUGCUGAACCAAAACGAAUCUUCCACCGAUGCAUACCCUACACCUGUCUCUUCCACGGAGCUCCGCCCAACCCCGAACCACGAGUUCAUGCCCCGCGUCCAGCAACAGCAGCAGCAACAACAACAACAUUUUGGCACCAUGCCUUCAAUGCAACAACACCAAAAGGACAUCUUCGCACCCCAGUCGACGAUGGACCCCUCCGCAUUGCAGUCGCCGCACAUCCCACCCUCGGGCAGCUUCCACCCCAACCACCACUCGCACGCACACUCGCACCACUUGCACCCCGGAUCGGCAUCGGCACCCGCCAAUCUCGUGUUCAACACCCUCCCGUCGCCCUCGGACAUCGAGCUCGACCUCUCGCCGAUCACGAGCCCGUGGCUGCCCGCUUACCAGCAGCAUGUUCCCUCGACGUCCUCCGGCUCCGCGUCUGCAUCUGGAUCAGGCGCCGGUGCAGGCUCGAGCGGCUCCUCCGUGACGCGCGCAGGAAACAAGCGCACAGCGUCACCGAGCGGCGAGAAUGCGGCCACGGCGCGCAAGCGCAUGAGUCCGUCGGUGUCGACGUUCCCCAAGAAGCACCAUCUGCCGCGCGCUGCCAAGUCGGCGACAAAUACGCCGCUGAUGCACGCGACGGGGCGAUCGCGGAGGAAUAGCAGUGCGAUGACGGCGGCGAUGGAUAUGCCUGGUGCGGCGGACUCGCCGUCGCCCGUCGAUCUUGCGAUGCCGCCUCCUGCGUCGCGCACGCGCAGUUCGAGGACGCCGCCUGGGGGUGGGGGUGUGAAUCCCGGUGGAGGAGGUAAUAGAGAGGGUGGGGAUCUUCAGGCUCAGGUAGAUGUGGCGAGGUCGGCGAUGACGCCUGUUACGCCUGCGAGUAUUAUGAACCUGGGCCGGUUGGGGAUCAGCAGCAGUUUAACCGCUGGAGGGCCGGCGGACGCCGGUAGCGGGAACAAAGGCAAGGAGGGCUCGAGAGCGAAGGAAGGCGCCUCGGCUGCGGCUUCGACCUCGACCUCGACCUCGAUCUCGAAAGGCGGCUCUUCCAAGAAGGGCUCGCUGCCGCUCAUCAGUCCCGGGCCGAAGCCCAUUCUUCCUGCCGGCGGCACCCCAGCCCCCCUCACGCUCACGCCAUCGCCCCUCACGCUCCCGCGCAAAUCGCACAAGGACGCGGAACAGAAGCGGCGCGACUCGCUCAAGCACGCGUACGACGACCUGCGCAUCCUUCUCCCGCCGCUGCCGCUCCCGUCGGAAGACGGCGGCGGGGUUGGAUCAGGUGCGUUUGGCGACGCGGCGCCGCUGCCGGGCGCGCUGCCCCCGCGCGGGCCGCCGAAGGCGGGCGGGGACGGGCCGAAUCGGGCGGUGUCGAAGUUGCAGCUGUUGAGGUGCGGGAACGAGUAUAUACGGUUGUUGAAGGGGAGGGUGGAGAGGAGGGAUGUGGAGGUUGAGAGGUUGAGGAGGGAGGUGAGGAGGUUGAGGGUGGGUGCGGGUGCUGAGGGUGGGGAGGAAGGGAUGGACGGGAUGGACGGGGAGGAGGAGGAAGAGGUUGAUUUGGAGAGGGAUUUGGAUGCGGAGGAGGCGGGGAUGGGGCUGUUUGGGAGUGGUGUGAGGCGGGGGGAUACGAUUGAGGAGGAUGUUGAGGAGGAGGGGGAGUGACAAUGACUUGGGUGCUUCGUGGGUCAUGACCUGCCAUCGAUCGGUUGGAUUGUCUUUGGCGGGUUGGCGAUGCUGAUGUUGUAUGAAGACGUUUUUAUGUAUGGGCUGCUUGGGAGCUUUGGGUCUAUUGUUUUAACUUAGUGUCGAUUAUUUUUGUUGUGCUAUGUUUCGC